AUGGAUGUUGUGCAAUUAAUAAAUAGUGUAUAUCACAGAAGGGCUAUAUGGGAUCAGAGUCAUCCAGAUCAUCGCAACCGAUACGUGCUAGAUAAGUUAUGGGAGGAGGUAGCCAAUGAAUGCAAUAAUCAGUCGGUUAAGAAAGUUUCUGAGAAGUGGAAAAAUCUACGUGAUUAUUUCAGAAAAGAACUGAAGAAAAUACCUCUGCCCCGGUCUGGUGAUCCAGGCGAAGAGGCUCUUAAAAAGAGCUCCUGGCCUCAUUUCAAAAGUUUAUUGUUUCUGAGAGACCAGUUUCUGCCGAGAUCCAGUCAUAGCAACCUGUUGGAUCCCGACAAUGACACACAAGUUUCGACACCCUCUACGCAGAUGGAUGAAAAUGAUGGUGACUAUGACGAAGACGAAAUGGACGAAACGCAGGGUGUAGAAACGCAGGAAACAGAACCCGACCACACAGAAUCAGUCACUCCAAUUCAAAGCACACCAAAAGAACCACGAACUAUUCUAAAGAAUAGGGCCCGAAAACGGUCAAAUCAACUUGACGCUUUUCUUGAGAUAGAGAAGAAAAAACUACAAUAUUUAGAUGAGAAACGUGUCGCUGCAGACCGUGGCAGAGCCCUACCAGUCACAGAUGACGAUAAACUGUUUUUUGAUAGCCUUUUGCCCCACGUGGUGAAAAUUAGGCCUCAUCGAAAACUUCAGUUCCGCAAUCAAAUUCAAAAUUUGGUUCAGAAGUAUGCCUAUGAAGAGUACUCGAACAAUCAGUCCACCAUCAAUUUUCCAAAAACAUCAGAGGAGUGGCAAGAAAUAGCUUAUAAUAUUGAAACCAGAUGGAACUUUCCUAAUUGUGGAGGAUCUAUUGAUGGUAAACAUCUGCGAAUUGUUAAACCAGCCAACAGCGGGUCAUAUUUUUUUAACUACAAAGACUAUCACAGUAUAGUUCUCAUGGCCCUUGUUAAUGCUGAUUACGAAUUCAUAUAUGUUAAUGUAGGCUGUAAUGGGCGAGUUUCUGAUGGAGGGGUCUUAGAAUAUACAAAAUUUUACGAUAAACUUAUAGAAAAAAAGCUAAAUUUGCCUUCUAAUGACGUAACAAAGCAUAAUUUAAAUUUCGUUUUUGUGGCAGAUGAUGCGUUUGCAUUACAUGAAAAUAUUUUAAAACCUUUCCCGGGAAACAAUUUAACAAAAGAAGAAUCUAUUUUCAAUUAUAGACUUAGCCGUGUGCGCCGCACGGUUGAGAACGCGUUCGGUAUAUUAGCUAAUCGCUUUCGAGUAUUCCAUACUCCAAUUAAUAUGCAACCUGACAAAAUUGACAAAAUUGUACUAGCAGCUUGCGCGUUGCAUAAUUUUUUGAGACGUUCUAAAACUUCAUAUAUAACGAGAAAUGAUGUUGACACCGAAAUUAUUGACACAGGGGAUAUAAUAAGGGGAGACUGGAGAGCAGAAAGACCAUUAGAUAAUUUACAACCAGGAUAUGGUCGUAAUGCUUCACGUGAAGCCAAAGAAAAUAGAGUGAAUUAUAAAAAUUUCUUUAAUACUGUUGGAAAAGUUUCCUGGCAAGAAAAUUUUAUUUAA